CCCUGUUUUAAGCACUCAUCUCGCCUUUCUUGUGGCCUAGUCAGCCAAUCAUUCUUCGACAACUUCUGAACUCACAAAGUGAACGCAAAUCGACACCAGCGAGGUCUCUGCAGACAUUUCGAUUGCUUUCUUCCGUGGAUAGAGAGACGCCUUCACUCAGGCAAAAUGGCCAGUAAAAAUUGCACCAACAACGUCUAUUCCAACCCGGACUACGACUACAGCCUACCCUAUGUUGCCCUAGCCGACAUCUCCAACUACUCUGCAGUCCUCCAAUCCUGCUGCCAAGCACCUGUGGCACACUACAACAGGGACGAAUGCAUUAUUUACUGCAACAUUACAGCGCCUAACCUUACGCCAAAAAUCGUCGUAGAUUGCGUUUCGAAGAACACUGCGAAUAUGACUGCAUUAUCUGUGUCGAACAACACAGGUCCGACUACAAGCAUGACGAGUACGAAUCCGAAGCCAACGAAUGGGGGGGAGAGGGUGGGGACGAGGUUAAUAGGUUGGGUAGUGUUGGGGUUUGGGUUUGUGGGUGCGGUUGUAGGGUUGAUGUGAAGCUAUUGGGAGCACCAGAGGCAUGAGGAACUAGAUUAAUUGCUAAAGAAGGUACCCAAGGGUCGAUAUAUGCAAGGA